AUUAAAUGUGUACAAAAAGUCCACCGUCCACGGAAAAGCCCAGACCCUUCUAGAGCAUCAAAACGCGGCAGGUCCGACUCGGGACCUUAUAUGAAAAAUCUCUCUACCAACCUCGUCGGAAGUCGGAACUUCAUUUCUUCUUCCUUCUUUUUCGUCAUCAAAUACGAAACCAAACGAUUUGGUCUUACAAAAAUCAAGUAACCAAGACAAUAAUAUUCCAGAUUUGUCCGUGAAUCGAGCCAUUGCUAACCCGUAGAACAAUCGAAUCCUACUAGCCAAUAAGUUCUUCAAACGGAUCAGUCGUGGUUUGAUCAAGAAACCCAAUUUGAGAAUCAUUUUGGUUGGAUUAAGUAGCCCUCUAAUCAAGAAAUCAAGAAAACCCCACGUGAGAAUCAUCUGUGAUUGAGGCCGGGGAAGAUGGAUUUCGAGUUGAGGAGAGCGAGGGAGAAGCUUGAGAGAGAGCAGAGGGAAAGGAAACAGAGGGCCAAGUUGAAAUUGGAGAGAGAAAAGAAAGCCCGUGAAGAAGCCCUUCGUCAACGUGAAGCGAUUGAAGCAGCUCAGAGCCGGCGUCGCCUGGAUGCCGCCGAAGCGGAAGAAAAGGCAAACCAACAAAUGCAAGAUGAUCUGAUUGUUGGGCGAGGAGUAGUAUUCCGACGUGUCCUUCAAGCGAUACCUUAUCAGGCGAAUGGAGACAAGAUAAAAUUGCCUCCGUCUUGCUUUACGGAAUUAUCCGAUCAGGGUGCUUUUGAGAAGGGGCCAUUGCACUUUUCUUUGUCAUUAGCUGGUGGAGAGCACCUUUCAGAAAUGAUGGAUUCUGGAAGUCAGGAGCAAAGAGUAACACAUGCUGGUGUUUUGGAGUUUACUUCUGAUGAGGAUAACGUUGGACUUCCUCCCCAUGUUUGGAAUAAUUUGUUUGGUGCAAAUGCUCCUGAGUUGCCAAUGGUUUUAGUUCAAUAUGUUUGGUUACCUAAAGGAACUUAUGCAAAGCUUCAACCUGACGAAUUUGGCUUCUCUGACAUUCUGAAUCAUAAAGCAGUCCUUGAAACUAGCCUGCGCCAGAAUGCAACACUCACUGAAGGUGAUGUCCUAAAAGUGCAUCAUGGUGCAUUGGUAUACAACCUAAGGGUUCUUGAACUGAAGCCCUCGUCAAGUGUAUCUGUUCUUGAAACUGAUAUUGAGGUAGAUAUCAUUGGCUCUGAUUCAAAGGCUGAGCAAGCAAAUCAUCAUGUAUUGAGGCCUCUUGUAUUUGGGAAAUCAGAACCUGGAAGCGUUGAUGAAGGUAGUUAUAUCUACUAUAAAUUUGUACUUGAUGACCACACUUGGAAUGUGAUUUCUUCUGGGAAUGCCAACCUUGAGAUAAGGAUACAACCAGAAUCAUCAGAUGGUGGUGACUCAGAUCUUUAUGUUUCUAGGCACCCUCUAUUAUUUCCCACAAGACACCAGCAUGUUUGGUCUUCGCAUGAUGUUGGUGCAAAGUUGUUAAUUUUAAGCUCGAAAGAUAAGAACUUGGGACCUGGUACUUACAGUAUCGGUAUAUACGGCUUUAAGGGUGAAACAAGAUACAAGGUGUCUGUCAGCAUUCAAGAGAUUUCGACAACGGAUGUAGGUCAGCAAGCUUCGUCUUCCUCAUCAUCGGUUGAUGCGGAUACUGUGGAGUGUAGGAAUUGUAAGCAUUAUAUUCCUUCGAGGACGAUUGUCUUGCAUGAGGCAUUUUGCAGGAGACAUAACAUCCUUUGUCAGCAUGCUGGUUGUGGGGUUGUCCUUAGGCUCGAGGAGGCCAAGAAUCACGUUCAUUGUGAGAAGUGUGGGAAAGCUUUCCAGCAGGCAGAGAUGGAUAAGCACAUGAAAGUAUUUCAUGAACCCCUUCAGUGCCCUUGUGGUGUUGUCCUAGAAAAAGAACAGAUGGUAUGUAAAAGCUCUUUAGCACUAUCUUGAAUGUUGCAUUGGUCUUUUGUUGGUUCAUUUAAUCCGAUGUAUGGAUGAUAUUUGUGGCCUUAUUCUAUUUAAAACUUUGCUGUAAUCCAGUCCGCUAAUGUUUGUUAACUUUGGCUUCUUAUGCUACAGGUUCACCACCAGUCCUCUGAAUGUCCUUUGCGCUUAGUUACUUGUCGCUUCUGUGGGGAUAUGGUUCAAGCUGGGACUUCAGCAGCAGAUGUCCGAGACAGAAUGAGGGGGCUCUCGGAACAUGAAAGUCAUUGUGGUUCUCGGACUGCUCCCUGUGAUUCAUGUGGCCGUGCUGUUAUGUUGAAGGACAUGGAAAUACAUCAAAUUGCCGUCCACCAAGCAAACUAAUUCAUUCAGGAAGGAGAUAAACACACGUGCAAUGUGGAACUUCAGCAGUACAAAAUUCAGCAGUAUAAAUUUGUGGCUAAUUUGUUUGUGUUCAACAAUUUGUUCGUACAUUUGGGUUCAAAAUUUGUUGUGAUAUCUGAAUCUUUGUACACUCUAAAUGUGAAAAUUGGAAAGAAAAUUAGAUCUUGUGGACAAGAGAUGUGCAGAAAGUGUUCUGAUAUUUUAAGCAUGCAUAUCAGUGUUCUUUAUAUUUUAUUAUCAUGUAUACUGAAAUCUCUUUCCUGAUUACGUCACCCCUUGAUCUUACAUUAGCAAUUUGAUUUGAUUGAUUAAAUCUCCAAAAGGAAUUCUUAGAAAGUAAAAAUUAGUACUUUUUUUUAACGACAACCAUUAUU